AAAACAAACCUAGUGAGUGGCACUUUUAUCAGUUUAGCAUUAAACAGCUCUCUUUUAAAUUUAAAACUGCAAGCAGUAUUUCGCCAUGACCGAUCAAAAAAUAUUCAAAGUAAAUAAUAGGCAUAUUAUGCAAAGUGGAAUUAUGAAUCCAACCCUUAGGGAAUGGCAGGGUUGCAAUAGUCAAAUAACAACUGGUAAUUUUAUGUAUCCUGUUUUCAUUAUUGAAAAGGAUGAUGAAAUUCAACCCAUCUCUAGUAUGCCUGGCAUAAAUAGAUUCGGGAUAAAUAAAUUGAGGGAUCAUCUGGAGAAAAUAGUGGAAAAUGGUCUAAAGUCAGUUUUAUUAUUUGGUAUUAUCGAUAUUCUCCCUAAAAAUGACACUGCAACCAGUGCAGAUGAUAAAGACAAUCCUGUGAUAAGAGCUAUUCCAAAACUGAGAAAGUGGUUUCCGGAUUUAACAAUUGCUUGUGAUGUAUGCUUAUGUCCUUACACUUCUCAUGGACAUUGUGCCAUAUUAGCUCCUGAUGGACGAAUUGAUAAUUCUGCAAGCUUGGAAAGGAUAUCUGACAUUGCUUUAUCUUAUGCAAAAGCAGGCGCUCACAUUGUUGCUCCCUCUGACAUGAUGGACGGUAGGAUUGGAGCAAUUAAGACAAAAUUAGUAAAUAAUAAUCUUGGUAAUAAGGUUGCUGUUUUAUCCUACACUGCAAAGUUUGCUUCAAAUUUCUAUGGACCAUUUAGGGAUGCAGCAAAAUCGAAACCUUCCUUUGGCGAUAGGAAGUGUUACCAGCUGCCACACAACAGUUCUGGGAUGGCUUUGAGGGCUGCUGACCGAGAUGUUUCAGAGGGUGCUGACAUGCUUAUGAUAAAACCAGUUAUGGCCUACAUGGAUAUUCUGAAGCAGAUAAAAGACAAAUACCCUGAAUAUCCUAUGUUUGUCUACCAAGUUUCUGGUGAAUAUGCCAUGAUAUAUAAUGCAGCCCAGGGAGGUGCGUUUGACCUCAAACCAGCUUUGAUGGAAAUAAUGGGAUCUUUAAGAAGGGCUGGAUUACUGUGUCUUUUGGCAACUGUUUGGGCCAAAGAGGACAAAAAAGAAAAGGAUGAUGUUGGUACAGUCAUUGGUAUCGAUCUUGGAACUACAUAUUCUUGCGUUGGAGUGUACAAAAAUGGUCGAGUUGAAAUUAUCGCCAAUGACCAAGGAAACCGUAUAACUCCGUCUUAUGUAGCUUUCACUGCUGAUGGUGAACGUCUAAUUGGAGAUGCUGCUAAAAAUCAGUUGACAACUAAUCCUGAAAACACUGUCUUUGAUGCCAAGAGACUGAUUGGUCGUGACUUCACAGACUCCACUGUUCAGCAUGAUCUGAAACUGUUUCCUUUCAAAGUAAUUGAAAAGAAUCAGAAACCUCACAUUCAGGUAGAAACAAGCCAAGGUAAUAAAGUGUUUGCUCCUGAAGAAAUAUCUGCCAUGGUUUUGGGAAAGAUGAAGGAAACGGCAGAGGCUUACUUGGGUAAAAAGGUUACCCAUGCAGUGGUCACGGUACCUGCUUACUUCAACGAUGCUCAGAGGCAAGCCACCAAGGAUGCUGGUGUAAUUGCAGGGCUGAACGUUAUGAGAAUUAUCAAUGAACCCACUGCAGCAGCUAUUGCCUAUGGUUUGGACAAGAAAGACGGAGAGAAGAACGUGCUUGUGUUUGAUUUGGGCGGUGGUACUUUUGAUGUCUCUCUGCUAACGAUUGACAAUGGAGUGUUUGAAGUAGUAGCAACCAAUGGUGAUACCCACUUGGGUGGUGAAGAUUUUGAUCAGAGAGUAAUGGAUCACUUCAUCAAGUUGUACAAGAAGAAGAAGGGCAAAGACAUCAGGAAAGAUAACAGAGCUGUGCAAAAGUUGAGACGUGAAGUGGAAAAAGCCAAGAGAGCCUUGUCUGCCAGUCAUCAAGUUAGGAUUGAAAUCGAAUCAUUCUUUGAAGGUGAUGAUUUCUCAGAAACCUUAACCAGAGCUAAAUUCGAAGAAUUGAAUAUGGAUCUGUUCCGUUCAACUAUGAAACCAGUUCAAAAAGUACUCGAGGAUGCAGAUAUGAACAAAAAAGAUGUUGAUGAAAUCGUCCUCGUUGGAGGAUCCACACGUAUCCCAAAAGUACAGCAACUCGUCAAAGAAUUCUUUGGUGGCAAAGAACCUUCAAGAGGCAUCAAUCCCGAUGAGGCUGUAGCUUAUGGUGCUGCCGUACAAGCUGGUGUGCUCUCUGGCGAACAAGACACUGACGCUAUUGUCCUUCUCGAUGUCAACCCCUUAACUAUGGGUAUUGAAACAGUUGGCGGUGUCAUGACAAAACUCAUUCCACGUAAUACAGUCAUCCCAACCAAGAAAUCGCAGAUCUUCUCAACUGCAUCAGAUAACCAACACACUGUCACCAUCCAGGUAUACGAAGGUGAACGUCCAAUGACCAAGGACAAUCAUUUACUCGGUAAAUUUGAUUUGACGGGCAUUCCACCAGCUCCCAGAGGUGUUCCACAAAUUGAAGUAACAUUCGAAAUUGAUGCUAAUGGUAUCCUCCAAGUAUCUGCUGAAGACAAAGGUACUGGAAACAGAGAAAAGAUUGUUAUCACCAAUGACCAAAAUAGGUUGACCCCUGACGAUAUUGACAGAAUGAUCAGGGACGCAGAGAAAUUCGCCGACGAGGACAAAAAACUCAAGGAACGUGUUGAAGCCAGGAACGAAUUGGAAAGCUAUGCAUAUUCAUUGAAGAAUCAAAUUGGCGACAAGGAAAAACUUGGUGCUAAAUUAUCUGAUGACGAGAAGACCAAAAUGGAGGAAGCCAUCGAUGAGAAGAUCAAAUGGUUAGAGGACAACCAAGAUACUGAAGCAGAAGACUACAAGAAACAGAAAAAGGAGUUGGAGGAUGUCGUUCAACCAAUCAUUGCCAAACUAUACCAAGGUGCAGGAGGAGCUCCACCACCACCUUCAGGUGAUGAUGAAGAUGACCUUAAAGACGAGUUAUGAGGCGACCUCUGAAUCAAAGACUGAAAAAACUGUGAGAAUGUGAACGUGUGAGUGUAAUAAUUGAAUUAGGUACCUAAUUUUUUCAAGUUUCCAACGACUGCUUUCCUCAUACAAUUGUUUUUGUAUUGAUUAGGAUUUUAUAUUGAAGUGAUUUACCUUCAAGGUAGAUUUAUUUAUUUAUUUCGUCAAAUACGGGUGUA